AUGAAAGAAUCAUCAAAGCCAAUGGCUUCAAGCUCUUUCUCCUCCUCCAUCUCCUCAAUCCCCCCGUCAUCUCCAUCAUCUUCUCCAGCCACCGCAACCACGCCAACACGUCAUAAUAAUCUCAUCGAGCCACCAUCUUCAAAAAAGAAGAAAAACAAAUCAAGCGUUUUCAAAGUCCUACGCACCGUGUUCCGCUCUUUCCCUAUCUUCACAACACCAUCCAUAGCAUGCAAAAUCCCGGUUAUCAAUCCCGGUUUAGGCGUAGCAGAACCACAUCACAACACGUCAAGAGUCACCGGCACGUUGUUCGGAUACCGUAAAGGCCGAGUAAGUCUCUCCAUACAAGAAACCCCUAAAUGUUUACCUUCUUUAGUCGUGGAGCUCGCCAUGCAAACGACAACGUUUCAAAAAGAACUUAGCAUGGGGAUGGUUAGAAUAGCUCUAGAGACCGAGAAACAACCUAACAAUAAUAACAACAAAACAGAAAAACACACGAAUAUUUUGGAGGAACCGUUAUGGACAAUGUUUUGUAAAGGAGACAAAACUGGUUACGGUGUGAGACGUGACGCUACUGAUGAAGAUUUGAACGUGAUGGAGUUGUUACGUCCGGUGUCUAUGGGAGCUGGAGUUUUGCCCGGAAACUCGGAGUUGGAAGGACCAGACGGUGAAAUGGCGUAUAUGAGAGCUUACUUUGAGAGGGUUAUUGGGUCUAAAGAUUCAGAGACCUUUUAUAUGUUGAGUCCUGAAGGGAAUAAUGGACCUGAGCUUAGUUUUUUCUUUGUAAGAAUUUAA